AUGAUCCUUCAUGGCAAGGACCAGAAUCUCCUAGAGGACUUCUUUGAGCAGUCCCUCUCCUUUGACCUCUCUUCUGCCUCCUCCAGUCUCAUGGUGCUCUCUCCCCCACCAGAACCAGCACCAGGGUGGAGCAGGAUCUCCCAGACCAGCCAGAUGAUGAACAGCAAUGACAAGAAUGAUGGAAAGAGACUGUACAUUGAUACUUCCCAACUUGAGACUUUACCAUCCCCUUCAACUACAACAAUGCUGUACAACAAGAAGAGUGUAGGCAGCGAGAUGAUCUGCAGCCAGUAUGUGAGGAGAAGUCACAGAGAAGGGCUGCCACUAAGUAUAAUGAGCAAAACUGAGAUGCCCAGCGAAGGAUGGAGAGAGACCAGCUGGACAGAGUCAACAUCUCUAACUGGUAUGGGCUCUGGCCAGAGGUCACCAGCAUCCUUGCCUCAGUAUGAGCAGACUCCUUCCUUUCCUCCCCAAUCUUUAGAGAGCCUAGUACCACAAGAAGUGGGAUCCCUGAGUAUUGGGCAGAUGACACUUGAACCAGAAGAGGCCAAUGCUUCUCAAUACCACAAUAUCCCCCUUCCUGACAAACACCCAGCACUGACUCAGCAUUCAGAAGUGAUGAGUCUGCCCUCAGAUACUAUGGACUUUGGAUCUCUAGCAAUACCUAUAUCCUGGCCUGCACCCUCCAAGGAUUUCUCAAAAGUAGGGUCAUUGAUCCUGCAACUGCUGGGCUGGGCACCUAGCCAGAGGUCUAGAACGAUGAUACAACUGGAAGGGGCAGGGAGUUUCUAUGGCCCAUCCACCAUUUUUCUCCUCAAGGAGGAAGGAGAUAAAGGGGAAACAGAGGAAGAGAAAACUGAGAGUAGUGAUUCACCUCAUCCUAGUGGGGUCCUCAAGUAUGGACUACUAGAAACAACAGAUGAAGAAGAAUUGGAGCAGGAAAUAAAGAGGGCACAGAUGCAGGAAUACCAGGAGUUUUACCUGAGGAGGGACAAUUAUAUUUGA